CUUUUCGCGCACAUCCUUUCGACCUCUUACCGGUCAACUCCCAGUUUUAGUCUUCCAGCCCUCCGAGUCAAGUAAGCCUUUCCUUACUUUUCUUUCUUUCUUCCCGGUCAUGUCUUUGGAGGAAGAUAGUCAAAACAUUUCUUCCUCAGGUGCCUACGCAACUGAGGAAUUUGUCCCGUCUUCUUCCUCUACCGGUUACAAAUCUUUGGAUUUUGAAUCCAGACUAGCUCAACAUCCUCCCGUUCCCGAUCCUAAACCGGUCAAUCAAGUACCGGGUCAAGUCUUCGUGGAUCGGGAGGACCUGGUCAACAAGGAAUCGGGUCCCCAUGACCCAGACAACGAGUCCUUGGUGGAGUGUAAAAUUGCCUUGAACAAAGCCCGUAAGAAUCUCCUAGAGGGCUAUAUUCUUGAAUAUGACGAAAACUCGCCCAACAUCGUUGAGCCCCAACGGGAGAAUAGGAUAUGUUUCCAUAUCGUCUCUUUGGAGGGUGGCAUAGUCUUUCCUCUCCGCCCCCUCGUGCUUGGUGAGCUGGGGCCGGACGUCGCUGACUGCCUCUCCAAAGGUUCUCCCUCCAGAGCUACUCGGUUGGAGGAAAAGGUGAAGGAAGGGGAGAAAAGAGCCCGGGAGCUGAACGCCGUGAUUCUAUGGCAAACAGAUGAGCUGGCGAAGGUCUCUAAGGCUGCCGGGGUCGUGGGUGCCGAGAACCUCCAGCUAAAGGAGGAAAACACCCAGCCGAUGGAGGAGGUCUCUGUUGGUCUUAUGGGGGACCAUCGAUCACCCUUGAGUUUCGCUACUGUGCUUGUCACGGUAUUGGGUAUUGACAGCCCAACCUGACGAGUCUAAUAAUGUCCAAUAUUAUUUUUAAUGUCUACAUGCCCAAUAAAAGGCAUUGCCGAUU